AAACUAAAAAGCUCUGUGAGUUACAGUAGAGUGUGGUUAAAAUUUCCAUAUUUUAAUUAUGUACACAUUUUUUUCUGUAUUUAUCUUGUAAAACAUAUUUAAGUAAAUGUUAAAUCUAAUAAAAUCGUCAAUUAGUUGUAAGCAUAAAGAUAAUCAAGUUCUAUUAACUAGUUACACUUUGUAGUUAAAAUGUUCUCUGGAAAAGAUGCCGCAAAUUCAGCAUAUCCCACUCAGUGGGCUUUGAAUCCAACUGCUUAUCAAAAUAUAGAUUCAAGCCAAGUAGACUGGGCAGCUUUAGCUCAACAAUGGAUUGCUAUGAAGGAGGCUGCAGCCAUUGUAGGAGCACCACAGCCAAAAGUCGACGUAGAAGAGGGAGAAGCACCUAUGGAAGUCGAAAAUCCAGACACCAAUUGCGAAGCACCUGUGACACCAGGCUCUGAUUGGAAUGCUUCCUCUAAUUCAUGGGGGAGUUCUUGGAAUCAAUGGGGUUGGGGUUGGUCAGGUUCGGGGCCAGUUGACCCUAAGAUGACAUCUGAUCCAUCAAUGGCUAUUCCACCAAUGAUUGAUGGAUACUCUGACACAACAAGUUCUACACCUGGAUAUACUACAGGUACAGUAACCACUCCUACCUUUCAACAUGGAUACUGGACAGCACCGCAAUCAGAAAACUCAUCCAAUAAUAGAAGUGAGAGUAGAAGUCGAGAUAGAAGAUCCAAAAGCAAAAAUAGAGAUAAUAAAACUCCUAGAAAUAGAUCGCAUAGGGAUAAACCUCCUUUAAUAACACCAGUCAUUGAACCAAUAAUAAUGCCGUCACCUGCUGUUGCAUCCACCAUUGAUGCUGCUAAAAGGCGGCAGCUCCCUGCAUGGAUAAGAGAAGGUUUAGAGAAAAUGGAACGCGAGAAGCAGAAGGCAAUAGAGCGUGAACAAGAAAAGAAGGCUCAAGAAGAAGCAGAAAUCGAGAAGAAGAGGUUAGAAGAAGAAGAAUUAGAAAGAAUAAAAUCAGAGGCCGGUGGUCAACCUGUUCUACCAGCUAAGAGCAAAUUCGAUUCGGAGUCGGAGGGGUCGCCGUCGGAGAGCGAGCGCGCCGCGUCGCCGCUGGGCCGCAAGACGCGCGACGAGCUGCUGCAGGAGCUGAUGUUAGCCGUACGUCGAUCGCUAACAGAAAUUCUGCUGGAAGUGACCGACCAGGAGAUACAUACGGUGAGCCAGGAAGAACUGGCGCGGUAUACCGCCGCUCAAGCUUCGCGCCUCAACGCUAUGAAGGCAAGCAAGUCCAAGGCGCUGGCGUCCAUCGCCAGCGGGCUCGGGCUCGGCGCGUACGAGAGCAGCGACGACAGCGCCGACGAAGAGCACCACGACACCUCCGACAUGCAGCUGCAGGAAAUCAUAAGGCGCAAACGUCAGGACUUUGAGCGAACAUCGCGGGAAAUAGAAGCCGAGGUGCGUCGUGCCGAAUUAAAGGAGACCGGAGGCGAAGGAACCACCACGCCGUCCAAUACUACACCGGAGAGACCAAGGCGAUCACGAUCUUCUGCGACACCACCGCCCAUAGACAGUGAAACGCCCGAGAAAAAAAUUGAACGUCGGCCUUCUAAAGAUAAGAGAAUAAAUAAUAAAACCUCUGAUAAAGUCGAUAAUAAAAAAUUAGAUACAAUCCAAGAAGAAAAACCAAAGAAGUCUAAUAAAUAUGAAAAUACGCCAAGCCCACAAAAAUCGAAUAAAGCAAGUAAAGAUGGGACAAAUUCUAGUUCUAGUGAUUCUGAUGACGAUUCAGCUAGUUCUAAUAAGUCAUCAUCGGAAAGUGAACCCGAAGCUAGAAUUGAGAAUAACCGGACCAAAAAACGUAAACGUAGAAGUACCAGUUCUAGUGAAUCCCAUAAAAAAUCUAAAAAACAUAAAAAAGAUAAAUCAACCAAAUCGAGUGAUAAGUGCUACCCAAAAUCAAAGCAUCACACCGAACAAGAAAAAACCGAAAGAACAAAAUCAAAGAAGAGAGACGAUCACUACGAUAAACUUAAGUCUAGGAGUAGGGACUACGAGAAGGCGCACAAAGACAAGUAUAGGGAUGACUCGGACGAAGACAGGCCAAAAAAGCGCUCCAAGCGUUCUCGGUCCACUAGUUACGAAUCGCGCUCCGGUCGACGAAAAAGUAGAGAUCGCUCCGAAGACAGAUCUCGUAGGCGGGAUAAGAGGUCAUACGAUAGGGAUAGUUCGAAGAGGGAUAGGUCUUACGAUAGGUCCGGUCGAGACUACGACAAGUACGAUAGGUAUGCACGCUCUAGGGACGACCGCCAUGACAGCUACUCCCGCCAUCGCCGAUGAACAGCAGGUUACAAAUGACACAGGUGGUAUUUUUUACUUAUAUUUCAAAAAGUUGUGUGUAUCUUUCGUCAAAACAUCCAUUAUUAUUAUCGUUCUAUAUUGAAAUAUUCUUAUCUUCAUAGUAAAUACUUCCUAAUCCUAAUCUUCGGUUUUCAGUGGAAAUAUUAUUAAUAAGAUUUGAUUAGGUUUUAUUAAUAUUGUGUAUUAUCCUGCAAUCUUAUAGAGUAUACAUGAAAACAAAAUAGUUAAUCUGUCCAUAUAUUUGAAAUAAGGCUGUGA